ACCCAGAAUACAUUGUGAGCUUAGCGACCAUCGAGGCGCGAAAACAAAAUGGCGGACGUCUCGUGUAAAUUUCUGGACAAGAAAUAACACCGUUUACAUUCAAGGAUCAUGUUGGAUUUGUUCAAAAAUUCGCACAAGUGUUAACUCAGCUACAACCUACCGGAUAAGCUACAGUCUUAAAAAUAUUUUUAGUUUCUUUUAUAGUUUUUUGCUUUUAAAUUCGCGGUCAUGCUGACGGACGAAGAGCGAGUGGAAACUUUGCAUGCUCCGUCGUGUAAAGCGAACUGCACGAUUACUCAUCACCCCUUAGUGGUAGCCCUUCUCAAAGUCAGCACUGGAAUUACCAGCGGAUCUGUGGAUGUCGGACUCGAAUCGUUCAAAUCAGUUGUAAGCAAACACCUCCAGGAAGGCUGGUGUGCUAAUAGUAAUGUGAAAGAUCAAGAUGAAAACCUUCAGUUCCCCCUUCUUCAUUUAGCGUGCAUGUUUGGAAAAUGCUCCGCUGUUGACUGGCUUAUCAAUGAAGCUGAAUUUGAUCCAACUGUUAAAUCCCACCGCACUAGUACUGAAGAUGAAACUUGUGUUUCAAUAAUGCUUAAACGUCUACCAGAGAAUGUAAAACUAUUGAAAAUCAAAACACCACUUGAAGCUAUCGCAACCAAUAUAUUAAAGACCUUGAUGGAAAAACAACCAAAUCUACUAUGUCCAAGGCACCAAGUCUCACCAUUUUUUAUUGCUGCAAAAUUAAUGAUCUGCAACAAUAGCUUAACAGAGCAGCAUGACUUUUACCAAAAAUUAUUUGUUCACAUGGUGGAUAUUCUCAAAGCAGCUGUUGUUGGGAAGAAGGUGGACCCAACAGACGCCAUCGAAUCUCUUUUAGCAGGAAAUGAAGAUAAAGAUGUUUCACUGCAUUCUUUAUCACAUUAUAGCUCAAAUGAAGCUAUUUUUAAAAUUCUUAUGCAUGUUGUCAAAUUAUUUGACUGUAAAGAAAUCAAGGCUUUAAAUAAUGACAUGACUUUAGAGGAUCUACUAUUGAAAUACUGUCCUGGAAAUAAGUCAAAAGUGAAAGAGCUUUUGACCAUGCUAAGAAAUGAUGACUGUUUUGAAUCUAAUAUACCACUUGACAUUGGUAAAUGCCCUACACCUUUAGAGCAAAACAAUUCUAAAAGUGAACUCCCAAUUCUAAAGAGUACUCCGACUUUGGCUGCAGACUUGAGCAAGGGAGCCAAAAGCCUGGCAUGUCCUACUAGAGAAGGAAGAAUACCUCCAGAUACUGCUUCACCAAUAUCAGCAAAUGAGGAUUUUGGAGGAAAACCAAGUAAUCUUUCUAAAAAAGAUGUUACUGAAGAAAAUAGAUCUGAAAAUGUAAAAGAUACACAUAACUCUAAAAAUGCUACAUCACUGGAUGCAUUUGAUGGUUUCUUUAACCUUGCUGACAUUGCCGCACAGUUUAUAAAUCUAGACCAUGAGUCUGACUCAGUGAAGUCUUCUGUUGCUGAUGCUGAAAAUGCUGUACCAAGUGAAAUUGAAUCAGAAACUUCAUCUAUAAAAUUUGAAAAUGUUGCUUUCCUUAACAGUAAUAUCACUGUUUGUGAUAAAAAACCUGCGAGUUAUUGCUGUAUACAUACUCCUGGAAGUGGUUUGGGGGAAUGCAAUGUUGUUAACUGUAAUUUUUUAAAAUCUCGCUAUCUAUACUCUGUAAGUGAAGUCCAUACCCCUCUAUGUGAAAAAGAAUGUUCACACCAGCAUCACGCCCUUACUUGCCUAGUGUUUGGUGCAAGCACGCAAAAUCAAAAUCACUCUGAUGAAUACUUGAAGGGCUUCCAGCUUGUAGUACAGGCAUGUAUUGAAUCUGGUCUAAGUCAAGAUAUGGCUGUACCAGAUAAAUUAGAGACAUUGCGUUAUCCUCUAGCACACCUUGCUACCCUUUCUGGCUCCAAAGAUGUUCUUCGCACUGUUCUUAGUCUUCUUCCAGGCUCUGCGGUUGCACCAAUAACACAAGAGAAUGCUAUUCAUUUUCUGUGUCGGCAUGUUACCACAGCCUACCCAGAGGACAUGGCAGAUCAUUUCAAGGAAAUGCUAGAUACUUUACUUGAUUCACAUAAGCGACUUGUAUUAUUUAAAGAUUCCAGUUACCAACAAACAGCACUUCACUUUCUUGCAUCAAGCCUGCUGGAAGUUAUGGAAAAUAUGAGCAAAAAUGAACAUAUUAGACUUACCUUUCAGAAAGACAUGCUUUGUGAAUGCAUCAGAAUUGUGUUGGUUUGUCUACGUAACCUGGCAAGCGAAGGAGAUGUAACCCUGAGGGAAAUCUAUGAUAUGGUAAAUACAUCAAAUAAGAGUGGUUUCAAAGCAGCAGAUCUCAUCGCAGAACAAGCAGAUGAUGUAAAGGUAUCUCGUGUUAUUUCAUUGUUGAAGAGUUUCCCCUCGUCUGAUGAUGCUGAUCUAGAGACAAGUUUUCUAGAUAGACUUAAGACGAAAGAAGCUAAUUGUAAAUCAGGAACAGUAACCCUUGUGUCGUGGGUGGAACUUCAGAAGAAACACAUGUUUGAACAGUUGUCUAUCAGUAACCAAAGCAAGUCAACAACUACAAUCUCACAAUCUGACACAAUGCCAAAGCUUGCACAGGUUGAUCAAGAAGAAACUCCAAGGAACCUUUCUGAAGAUGCAACAAGCUCUACCAUUGAUGUAUUAGAUAUCACCUCACAAGUUGGAGAGGCAGCCAGCCAGAAAUAUGCAUCCGAUGGUAACCCAGAUGAGCUCUGCGUUGUACACCUUGUUGGCCAGCCACAUGUCCAAACAGAUUCUCCUGAUGUGCCGAUGAUUGCUGACAACUAUCUGUCACUGCAGAGAGUGGAGAUGCCACAUCUUGUGAUAAAACAGGAAAAGCCUGAAACGGAGGCAUCAUUCAACUUGAACCAUGCACUUUCUAAGUCAAAGCCUGCUAUGGAUGUGCCUAAUUGUGCUAACCCUGAGGCAUGUCCAUGUCAAGAGUGCCGUCAGCGAAGACUGAAUGACAUCACCAAGCCUGUGUAUAAAGAUCCUUAUCGUCAAGCUAUGAAGUCAAGGAAACUGAGAGAACCUUCCCCCUCUACCACUCCUGAAAUCCUACAGAAAGAGGAUGUUGUUUAUAAAACUUUUGUUGGAAAACCGUCAAUGCAAAGCAAAGGAUGUGGAACAACUUUAGUGAUAAAAAAGCGCUGGAUAGACAAACAUAAAGACAGCAAGGCCAAACGAAAGAAGCAAGAAAUAAAGACGGCAAGGGAAGAAAAGAAGAGAAAAAAGGAGCGAAGAGAGGAAAGAAAGAAGAAGAAACUUGAAAGGAAGAGGGAAAAACAGGAAAGGAAGGUGAAGGAGGAGGUAUCAUCAUCAUUAGCAUCCUCACAUAGCAUGGAGACUCUAUCCUGUGACGAGGACAACAAACUGACUGAUGACGAAAACGAUGACAAAGCGCUGGAAAAUAGUACAUUCGAGACGGGUGAACCUAAAUUGGUUACCUGGGAAGAAGUUAUAGAGGAGGAUCCAAAUGUCAAAAUUCCCGAACACACAAGCCUAUGCCUCGAAAACUGCACCUUCAGGCACUGUAAGGCUGUUCGCUACCUAAUGGCUACCAAUGAUAGCAAUCUUUCUACGUCUACGAAGCGAAGUAUAUCAAGGCUAGAAGGCACCAAGCAGAUGUUGCUUAGAAAGCUCCAGCAAAAGGCCGAGAAUGGCUGGGACUACAACUCAGAUGUGCCUGACCCACUUAUCUCUAUUCGCUUUCCCAUCAUCCAUCUAGCGGCAAUAUUUGAAAAGUUCGAGACUUUGCGUGCAUUGUUGCUGGCUGGGUUUGACCCGUACUGCAAGUGUGAGCGCGCGCACGGUGGCAACAUCAUACACACGAUGAUCACACAUGGUAUCCCCGCAUUUAUGUGUAACCAGCGCGUUCGUAGUCUCUUUAAUAACGCCAACUACCGCAAGAAAAAGACCAUGAGGUUGUUCGAGGUGCUAAGGCGCUGCCACAAGGAGUCCAUCUAUCGCUUGAUGGUGGACAGAGAUACGUCAGGAGAUACCCCUUUACACUGUGCCGCCCGGAGGCUCGUUGCUUGCAAGAAGGACACAGCCAUAUAUCGACAGUAUAUGUCAUUUAUUGAGGUGGCCGUCUUAAAGGUGCUAACGAGUGACCUCAAAGUGAACGGACAUCCCGAUCACGAUCUAGCGGCACCCUAUCUCUUCGCUCUGGACAAGCAAGGCAAGACUUUUAUGCAGCUCCUCUUAAACUCCCCCGCUGCCGAUGGCAUCUACCACACUAUUCUCUACCGAUAUCCAUUACCCAGCGCCGCGCAGCAUCUCUCUGGGUUCCUACCACGUGACCGCUUCUGUAAGUGCUUGCCUGUCGCGCUUAGAAAACAGUUCAAUGUUUUGCCUGAGGAGGUGCUGAGGAAAGAAGAUGAGGUGGACGAUGGCGAGGAGAGGGAAGAGGACGAGGAAGGUGAGGAGGGAGGUCAAGAUAAAGCUGAUCAAAAUGAGCGGCAACCCGCUCAAGUUUCCCAGGAAGAACCUAUGGUUGUCCAGGAAGAACCUAUGAUUGUCCAGAAAAGUGCGAGCAAUCUAAAUGAUGAACCGAUGGUUGUUGAUCUUCAGGCUGAACAAGAAGAAGAAGAGGGGCAUCUUGGCGAAGAGGCAAACAAAGCUAAGCAAGAGCCACCACGGCGUCGAACGAGAUCUCAAAUCGCUAAGGAGGCAACAGGGCAAGCCCAGCACGCAACUGCGCAAUGCAUGAUUGUGACGCGAAGCAGCAAGCCGUGCACUCCACAUAAGGAGAAAUUAGUGUCACCCACUUCCCAGCAAGAAUCGAAGACAAAGUUGUCUCUGAAGCUGGAGAGCCUGCUUAAACCCGAAGGCAAACAAUCUGCAGAGCUCAUUAAAGGACAAGCGAAAAAGGCUAUCUUAGGGCCAAGUGGACAGCAAACUUCUGUUGUGCGAAGAAGCAAGCGCCAGGCUAUGAAAGAGACUUCCCCAGAUUAUGUUUUCAGGCGUAAUAUCAAAAGAAAUAGAUCCACCGCUGUGGAUUCCUCUGAUAUGAUUGGCGUCACCAACACGACGAUGACGUCAGCGGUCAGCAGCACAGGUAAAGCCGGCUCAACAUCGAGUGCCAAGCAAGUACCUGUUGCCCCCAAAAAUGGGCAGAAGACCGUAUCCGCUAUACUUCCGGCCAGCGGUAAACCGGUGUCAACUUGCGCGACAAGCUCUACUAUACGUGGUGCUAGAACUACGGCCACUGUUACUACUGCCUUGAGUACAUCAGGACAACUAAAGCUUACGUUUGUUCCCGUCUCUAAUAUGCCUAAUGCAUUCAUGGUCAUGUCUGCCACAACACAGGGUGCAACCCCGCCCACCAAUGGAUCCUUAAGUUGGAUGGGUACACCGGUACCUAUGAUCCCCAAGGUGCAGAUACCUCAGUUGAAUCUUGCCAGCGGUCAGACGUUAGGUCGUCAUCAACCGCCUGUCCCUACCCCUCAGGGGAACAUACAGGGUGUCACGCGUGCAGUCACGCAGACUACGCAGGCGUACGGAAGGCCGGCAAGCGUGACACGUGACGGGAGGCGGUCAGGACGAGGGCGAGCUGUGCCGAAUUUCGUGAGUGCGGUGAAGAAGCAGUUAGGAAUUGUUGAGCGAUGGAGGAUUGUGGACACUUGCGGUAACGAAGCAGUAAGAUCAAAGGAGCUAUCCAAACUCCGAUCUCUAAACAUUGCCGAUCACAGUGAGCUGAAAAAGUUAGAGAGAGAGAAAGCGGAGCUUGACGCGAAGAUUGAGGAAAUCCGAGCGAGAAUCGACCACCGAAAGGGACAAAUGUCGAAACUGCGCGUGAUGGCAGAUAAGCGUGUUACUUGGUUCAAACGAAAAUAGGAGUAUCUAUUCGAUUUUAAAGGCCAUGUUACAAGAUGCAAUUUUCCCUGCAACGGGCAAUGAAAACGAAUGAAAAAUUCAGGUUGCAGAGAUAGAUUCACAGAUCAAUCUUUCUCUCACUGUUGCGAAAAUAUAAACCAUUUCUUACUUUCUUGCAACUUGCAACGCAACAAAAAUAUUUGUAUUGCAAGUUUCCAAAAUGGGAUGUAACACGCUUGCAAUUUGCAGGCAAAAUUGCCUCGUGUAACGUGGCCUAAAAUAAGCAUACAAAACGAAGCCAUGUUCAUUAUAGCCUAUGGCAUUAGGAGAAGACGUGCUACUAUGGACUAGGAAGAAAGAAUUCGCCAUUUAAAUAGCCCCUUCCCCUUUAGCGGCCAACCCUUUUCAUAAGCCUCAGCUUUUUCCAGCUUCUCCCCUUUUAACCGCCAUGUCGUUUAUCACCAGCCCAGUCCAAGGCGAUUUUACUGGGUUCCCUGUCCUUGGAGAUGGGCCGUGAGGCUUCUUGCGGUCUGGGACGAGCUAACCCACAGAAAGAAAGAUGGUUUCUUAUGACGUCAUACUUUUUUACCAACAACAUGAAACCUGGUCAUAAAACAUGUUAAAACCGCUGGGACCAGGAUGAUUAAUCACAGAAAUAACUGUGUUUCGGUUCGGGCGUCUAGUUAGUUCAUGUUUUAAUCUGACUAACAAGAUGUUUAACUUAGUUUAAUUGCAUUAGUUAGCAUAUUUACAAAUUAUAUCCCGCAGGUGAAGCUGCUGUAAGUUAUAACCUUGUCGCUGAUUGGUCUGCUUUGACCAUAUUAACAAGUACUUUGAUUGGACAAGUGAAGUUGGGGGUAAUUUGCUUUCCUGUGAUUGGUCGGAUCACCCUGUAACUUCUCAUAUUAGCGCCCUGGUUGCAUUUUUAUUGUGGGAUACCUUUGGUAUCUCACACUGAUGUCAUUAUUGUUGGUCCUAGGAAAAAUGUAAGCGCUUAUUUGAAGCAAGGCUCUAAAACGAGCACUUACGGUGCCUGUUCUUGUUCUUUACUUGUCACAAGCCUCCUUGACAAGGCAAAACUCCAUCUUAUUCAUGUAAUUCAUUUUUGCGUUUUUAGUGUAAUUAGCAUGGAAAUAUGGAAAAAUAAAAGAAGGAAAACUUAAAUAUAAAA